AUGUUGGGAAAAAUAACUCCAGAACAUGGAAUACAGUGGACUAAAUUGGGAACUUGGAUUAUAUUCACGUGGCCUCCGAACUCGAAAGCAACCCGACUUACAAAGAUGAGUUUCCAAAUUGGCUGGUGGAUUUCGUUGUUUUUUACGAUAAUAUCCCUUCCUUUUGGAUUCGACACAGCAUGGGCCCUACGUGAAAAUACUCUGAUGCUCGUUGAAAUAUUGUGUCUAUACAUUUGUCUCAUCCAAGUUGUGGCGAAAAUGGUCAUCGCUAAACUUAAUUAUCACAAAUUUCAGUAUUUAAUGGAAAAGAUGGAGACAUUCGUUAAGAAUGCAAACCCCCACGAACGACAAGUACUGAUAACUUGCGUGAAACGAAUCGCUCCUUCUCAUUUGAGCUAUAAUAUGCUGUGUAUUAUUGCAGCUCUGCUAUAUGCAUUGGCUCCUUUUGCAACGGGCCAGCCAUUCCCCACUGUAACCCAGUUUCCCUUUCCCACGGAUAAGCAUCCUACUUACGAUAUGAUUUUCUUUUUGCAAGCCAUAAACGGCUUCCAAUGUUGCGCCUCGAACUUUUUCGAUUCUCAAUUGAGUAUUCUUCUUUGUUAUGGCACAAUCCAACUUGAUAUUCUCGCUGAAAAAAUGAGAAACGUCAACAGUGUUGAAAAACUCAAAGAGUGUAUUUCCACACAUCAGGAUAUACUGCGGUACGUUGACGACACCAUCAAAGCCGUACGGCCAGUGGUAAUAACAACAGUCAUAACGGCCACGAUUAGCCUUGCAUUCGCAGGAAUCCUUAUAAUCGGAAAUGGAUCAAUCGUUCACAAAAUCGAGUUUGCGGGGAUUAUCUUAGCCUACUCCUGCGAACUUCUCUGCUUUGCGUGGGCUGCAGAAAGCUUGACAACAGCGUAUGAACAAGUUGGGUGGGCGCUGUACAGCUCUACAUGGAUUCAGAAUUCGAAGGAGUUCAAGAGAACUGCUAUUUUCGUGAUGCACAGGUGUCAAAAACCUCCGGCCAUCCGAUUCGGGGGACUCAUGCCUAAAUUAUCUAUGAGUUAUUAUGCAUCGUACAUGUCAGCAACAUAUUCCUUCUUCAAUGCAGUACGUGCCACGCUGAAGUAA